AUGCCUCCCUAUGUGGCACUCAUGAAAGGCCUACUCUCUAAGAAGAAAGUCUUAAAGGGAGAUGAAACAGUAGUGCUGACCAAGGAGUACAGUGGACUCAUUCAAAGCAUGCUACCAAAGAAGAUGCUAGAUCCUGGAGCUUCCAAAUUCCUUCUGCAAAUUCAAGAAGCACAGCCUACAAGGAUAGCACUGGAGAUGGCUGAUAAAUCUCUAAAGCAGGCACAUAGGCUAUUAGAAAAUGUCAUAGUCAAGGUUGGAGAGCUCUUCCUCUCUGCAGACUUUGUGAUACUUGACAUAGGAGAGGAUGCAAAUGACUUCCUCAUACUAGGAAUGCCAUUCUUAGCCACUGGGAGAAAUCUGAUAGAUGUUGAGAGAGGAGAGUUGGUUCUGCGGCUACGUGAGGAUUACUUGGUGUUCAAG